AUGGCAAAUAUGUCGCGUCAAGCUGCGUCUCCAUCUCCGCAACACGGGGGAGUUUCACAAGUCAACGGCGGUGGUGCUAUGGGCAACAAUAUGAUGAACGGCGUUCCCAUGAACGCGGGGCACCAGAUGGAUCUUAAUAAUUUAUACGACAUGGUUGUAGAGUUUAGCGAUAUCCUCAAACACAAUCGCGACAUGACUCGUGGAAUUGUUUCUAGUGCCGAGGAGAUCAUGCGUCGGUCCAAUACUGAUGGUACCAGCCCAGAUAUACAACAAGUCAGCGAAGAGAUAUCAGCCGCUAGGAUCGCAGAAUUAGAGCGCGCACUUGCCAGGGAACGUCGCACCGUUGAAGCACUGAAGCGUGAGCAGAUUGAGAAUACCAGCCUCAUUGGCGAAUUUGAAACGGCCAUGGGAAUCAUUGUCGAGCAGAUUCGAAAUUAUUGCCAGAAUAACAACAUGUAUUUCCUUUCUCAGAAGAAAGAAUACAAUGCACUUUUGCAAGCGGAGCGCGAUGCUCACCUUGCCAGCCGUCUGGACCGCGAUCAUUGGCAUGCACAAACUAUGCGUCUUGCAGAGAUGGUCCGGACGGCAUAUCGCCUACGGUGUGAAGAAGACCAAACACCGACCCGAGUUAUCCAAGCCUUGCAGUCGGAAGUACGCGCUCUACGCUCAGCUAUUGGCUUGGAAGCAGAAAAGCCUGAAGAAGAAACCGGGUGGGAGUUUUUAAAGGAUAUUUCUCCAACUGUUGAAUGA